UUCCAUAAACACUGCGCAUUAUUCAGGGUGGGGCAGAACCCAGCGAGUGUGAACAUUCAGCGGCUGCCUGCCCGAACAUGGAAUGAAAGCUCACCCAGCCUCGGGCUUUGGCUAGAAACAACCUGCCUCCAACCCCAACAAGCCUCGACCAGCUCCUGAGCAGGAUUUCACCUCUACCAGACACUGUCUACAUUGGCUGUGGCAGGAAGACUCUUUGAGGGAUUGUCGAUUGCCUUUUGCUCUUCUUGUGAGCUUUCCCAGCCCCUUUCUUUCCCUUCCCUUCCAAGCUUCUGUAUGGCUGCCGAUUCUAUCUGGCACUACCAGUUCCGGAUCAUCAUGCUGGGGGACUCCACCGUGGGCAAAUCCUCCCUCUUGAAGCGCUAUGCCGAGGGCCAGUUUCUGGAGUCCAUGAACCAGACGGUGGGCGUGGAUUUCUACGUUCACUUUUUGGAGCUGGAGCCAGGGCUGAGCAUCAAGCUGCAGUUUUGGGAUACCGCUGGCCAAGAGCGAUUCAGGUCAGUGACACGCUCAUAUUACCGCAACUCAGCGGGAGGCGUGCUAGUGUUUGACCUAACCAACCGAGAGUCCUUCGAGAGCAUCCGGAAAUGGCACGAGGAAGUGAUGGACACUGUUAAGCCUCAUCCUGUCAUCUUUCUGCUGGUUGGGCACAAAAGCGACCUGGAAGCAGAACGAAAGGUUGAACCAAAGGAAGCCGAGAAGCUGGCUUCUUCACUGGAUGCAAAAUACAUUGAAACGUCUGCCAAGACCAACAGUAACGUGGAGGCAGCGUUCCAGACAUUAACCUUGGAAAUCUACACAGCGCUGAAAAGUGGGAAGAUGAGACCCAAGGCACAGUGGGAUGGAGUGAAAAGCAGACUCCCGCCUGAGCUGCAGGCUGAAGCACAAGCCCAGGAAAGGCAAAAUAAAUGCUCGUGCUAGCCAAAUACAACUCCAGGUGGGAAGCAAUACAGGUUCAACUGAUCACACCACAGCCAGGCUAUUUAUAUGGGAUACAAUGAAGUUAUGGGAGCCUUUAGAAGCUGUGUCCAAAGAAAACCACAUGGCUCUGUGGUGCCAACUCAACAGCACAACCUUACAUCAGGAAGUGCCAUUUUCUUUAUUGCAAACCCAACUUGUGACUCUCUGCACCAGCUUUUGUACCAAGAACAAAAGCACAGACCAGGGACUGGAAGAUCUUGGUGGUGUAUAAGGAUUCACUGACAAUUGCUGCAGUGUGUGUCUCAUCCUUGUGGAUGCCUCCAGAAACCUUUGUGCAUUCCAGUGGUGAGCCACCCAUAUCUUAGUACUUCUUCACCUACCCCAGGUCUUGCUUUCUCCUAUGGAAGGAGUUGAACUGGAACAUCUUGAGCUUUUAUGGGCAUCCUCUUCCUGACCAACAUAUAUUCUGCCUCUAUCAUCGUGUGUUUGUGUGUAUAUCCCUGCAUUGGGCUCCCCCCCUCCACACCCUGAAUUCCCUCCAGUCGGUAGAUCUGAGAACUAGGAAAUGCUUUAACAUCUUGGUACUUAGGGUACAACUGGAUGAGAUGCUGGAAGAUCUGCGAUUGGCAGAGUGCUGUAACCUUACUCCAGAUUACCUGGACAGUGUUGCCCGCUACUCUUUCUAAAAGACUGUCUCUGCAAGAUCCCCAUUCAGAUCAGGAGAGGUCCAUCUUUGGAAGCUAUCAGCUCAUCUGGCAGCAACUUAGGAUCAGGCCUUCUCAGUAGCCACCCC